AAGGGGAUAACACACAAAUCCACCCCCAGCUUAAACCUCAGUCUCCAAGCAGUAGAAAUGACGGUGAAGAUCAGGCUCGCGCGUUUCGGUUGCAAACACCGACCCUUCUAUCGUCUGGUCGCGGCGGAUGACAAAUCGCGUAGGGACGGGAAACAAAUCGAGGUUUUAGGGUUUUAUGAUCCACUCCAAGGGAAGGACGAUGCGAACAGAGUGAGCCUCAAAUUCGACAGAAUCGAGUACUGGUUAUCGGUUGGAGCUCAGCCAACAGACUCAGUUGAAAACAUGCUUUUCAGGGCCGGUUUGAUUCCUCCAAAGUCAAUGGUUGUCGUUGGUUCCAAGAACGGACAAAAAUCCACCAACCACCAUGUUUCACCCAUUACAGGUGAGAUCUUGAACUAAGAGUGUGUGUGUGUAAUCAGCAAAGAGUUAAAGCUUUGUGUGUCUAUCUCAAAGGAGUUUGAUGUUAUGUUUGGUUUUUUUUGUUGUAUCUGGACAAAGAAGUUUGUUGAAUUCUCAAUAUGGAUUUGUAGCAUCCUAUGAACUGGGCUUCGAUUUCUUAAGUUGGAUUAAGCCCAUUAUGUUA